ACUCACUCACUAGAAGCGAUAUUGUCUGCUUUGGCGGGAGAGUCUCAAGUCGUCUCCAUUCAGUUUGAAGUGUUCCGAGGAUGGCGGAGCGACCCGAAGAUUUGAAUCUGCCCACGGCCGUGGUCAACCGCAUCGUGCGCGAAGCCCUGCCCACCCAGGUGAAGGUGUCGAAAGAAGCCAACGCGGCCAUCGCCAAAGCCGCUUCCGUGUUUGUGUUGUACGCCACGUCCUGCUCGAACAACGUGUCAGCCAAGGCCAAUCGCAAGACCAUCACGGGCGGGGACGUGAUUGCCGCCAUCCAGGAGAUGGAGUUCGACAAAUUCGUCCACCCGUUAGAAAUCGCCCUCUCCCAAUGGAAGGGACAACAGAACCGCAAGAAGGAGGACGCCAAGCGCAAGAAGGAAAAGGCUGCGGCCAGCCUAGGUUCCGCCUCCGAGGACAAGCGCACCACCGACGACAAAGAGAACGAAGAGGAUGACGACGAAGACAACGACGACGAUGACGAGGAAGCUCAGGACAAUGCCAAUAUGGAAUAACAUUCAUCAUCAAGGCAUGCGGAAGGCAGAAAACAAACGAACAACCAAAACCACACUGGAGUAUUACAUAAACUUUGUUCAAUAAAAAUAUCACACAAUGCAGUGUGUACCACCCCUGGGCA